AUGAAGCAAGCUUCCUAUGUCAAAGACAUCUUGGCACUUCGCGGUCCAUGGAAGACGGCUUUGCAGCCGACAGCGUGCUUAAAGAAGCAACAGUCAAAGUCCUUCCACGCGCUUCCCGUGCGAGCCUCCCAGCGAAUGAAGGAUGCAUGGAUGGAUAACGGCUGUUUGCAAUCCCUUGUCCUCCCGCCAAACAGCAAGCUGCAAAUUAUGUGGUCGGUGAUCGGCAGUCUUUUCAUUGUUUGGGACUUGAUCACCAUCCCCUUGGAGCUGUUUGAUAUUCAGCACAUGAUCAACUUCCUGGUCACGGUGGGGAAGUUCUCCUUUGAAUACUGGGUCAUAGACAUGCCCUUGCACUUGAUUUUCGGUGUGGAGAUUGACGGCCGCUUGCACGGAGGCCUACGGGCUGUCCAGUAUGGGUACUUUCGAUCUUGGUUCACCAUUGACUGCAUCGUGAUCUCGGUGGAUGCUGCACUCAUCGCCUUGCAAGACAUUCAGGGGACAAUAGCUCUUGUUCUCCGACAGGAGGUGAAGAAUAUAGGCCAUGAUCGCCUUGGCUAUCUCCCAGAGAAACUUGAACUCUUCAAGCAACUAGUUACCGACACACCCCUUCAAGAUCCCCUUCUACAAGUACGGGAUCUCAAAAGUAAGCAGGGCUGUACAGACGCACAGCCCCUUUAUCGGAUGGAGCCGGAAGGAGGUGAUCAGGCAGUGUACGACGGAACGCGCGGACUGUACCAAAGUCAGCAAGGCAGCCACUUUAAUCAGAACUGCGGGGAUUACCCCACCAACGCCUUGACCAUGCCCUUGGCCAGAAGACAUGAAAAUGCCACGCAACCAGACAACCGAAACCAGACAACCACGGGCAACCAUCCAAAGUCGCUUGCAGAGAGUAGCCCUGUCCGAUCGGCACGAUACCUUCGCACACUUCGCCUUUUGCGUCUCAUUCGCCUCCUGCGGGUAGCGAAAUUGCAGCAGGAGCUGACGCUGCUUGCGAACAACUUCCUCUCCGCCUAUGCUUUUAUGGUCAUGAAAGUGGUGUCGGGGCUCUUGAUGAUUCUGGCGGUCAACCACCUCAUUGCCUGCUGCUGGUAUGGCUUGGCGCGCUGGACUCUUGAGGAGUCCAGCGGCGGGAGCUGGUUGACAAAUGCCGGUGUUGAUACUGAAGAUUUUGCCAAUGCCUAUGCCUUCUCAAUUCAUUGGUCAUUGACUCAAUUUACGCCGGCCACGAACAACAUCGCCCCUGUGAAUUUUUACGAGAGGUUCUUCGCAGUUUGGGUGAUCCUCCUGGCUAUGGGAACUUUCUCGUCCUUCAUCAGCUCCAUCACAACCACCGUGAGCACCAUGCGUGCUUCAAGGGCUGAAGAGUUCAAGAAUCACUCUCUCUUGGUCAGAUUUUUCACUGAACGGAAUCUCUCAGUCGACCUCUUCGGGAAGGUCAGUGAGAACUUGAAGAAGCAGGGUGCUUAUGGCAUACGGUUGCGGGAGACUGAUGUUCGACUGCUGAAAGGAGUUCCAGAUCGCCUGAAAGUUGUGCUGCACGAAGAAAUGUUCAAGAGUUCAUUGAUGAGCCUUGGCUUCUGGCGCCAUUGGCGUCACCCGGAUGAUGAAGCUUUCUGCCGGCAGGUUUGUCACCUUGCCAUGCAGGAGCACGUGGCCACUCCAGGCGCAGAUGCUUUUACGCCUGGCCAAGAAUGCGAGGAGGUAUACAUCAUUGAGGCGGGCUCCAUGAAUCUUGGGCCAUUACUGAAUUUGGCGCUUGUCCUUUUCCAGCUACUUGAAGCCUAA